CAGACGCGGACGGCUCCGCACUCGGGUAGGAGCUAUACUUGUGGCUCAUUCUAAUUCCUGUUCCUCGUUGAAAGUGAGCGAAGGUCAACCGGAAGCACUAUCCACUUCGCAUCCUUAGGAAAAUGCGGCUAAUAUUCGCUUUGGUCAGCGUAUUCCUCGUGACUCCAACACGAGCGGCUCUGAAGGACGACUGGCAAAAUACGUGCGAUGACGACGAGGAGUACGCAAAUGUCGGCCUGAUCGAGAAAUGGCAAAACAACGUGACAGGGUAUGCAUUGGCCGACAGUGUUCUGUGCUACAAGCAACACUUCACGAUUUCUGUCGCCGGAGAUAUCCUUGAGUUCUCUCUCCCGAGAAUCGACGAGAUUGAAAUAGGGGCUCGCUUCGAGAGAGUCGGAAAUCAUUACGAAAGCACCGGGAAGUCUGCUAGCCGACUAUAUUUCUUCAACGACAAUGAUAAUCUAGACGAGCUGUACGUCCUCGAAUGCGGCACAGAUAACCUCAAUGUCUGGUAUGUCCUCGUCGGGGGUAACAACGCUGACUGCACGGACACAUGCGCCGAAGAUGUUGAGAGAGCAGGUUUCGAACACAAUCUCCAAACUUGCAUCACCGGCCGUUCAGAAUAGAGGCGCCAUUCUGUGCUAGCAGGAGGAAGUGAUCGAGCUUUCUUUCGAUUGGUGUGUCAGAGAGAGCUGUAAUACAAGGGUAAAAUCAUU